CUUUCCACUUCCCAGUUUCUGGUCUCCAUACCCUCUUUACUCGCACUGUUGUUUCUCUGCGAUUUCGAAUGGCAGCGAUCACGAGAUUGAUUGGCACUCGUUCUGCUUUGUCUCGCUUCUCGCUUGGGUCUCCUGCUCUCCUCAGUAGAGGAAUUGCUUACAAACUCUUCGUUGGAGGACUAUCAUUUGUUACAACAGAGAAGGGAUUGUCAGAAGCAUUUUCUGGGUACGGUCAAGUUGUUGAAGCAAAAAUUGUGAUGGACAAGGUAUCAGACAGAUCAAAAGGGUUUGGGUUUGUCACCUUUGCCUCGGAGGAUGAGGCCGAGAAUGCCAUAACAGGGAUGAAUGGGAAGGCACUAAACGGUCGCGUUAUCUUUGUGGAUUAUGCAAAACCCAAAUCCAAUAUUGGUGGUGGAAUGCCAGUUGCCAGAGGACCUCCUGAACCAACAGCACACAGCUAAUUUAUUUAUAUGAAUAUGAAUGUCCUGGAAGCUCGAGUGCUUUAUUGGUCAGUAUUGCAGGCAUUGGCGAGUAGGGAAGCUGAGAUUUGAAAUCUCCCGAAGCAAAUGACAGUCAGAAGCAUCGUUCUUGCUGAUCUCACUCAAGCCCACAAAUUGAAUGUAGGAGGACUUUUGUAUUAGAAUACUUGUUUCGAACUUGUAGGUUAGGAUUUUAUAGCAAGAAGCAAAAGUAAAAGAAAGGUCUAUAUUUCCCGCACUUAUAUUCCAAAUGUUUGCCUGUAUAACUAGAUGGAGGAACCCGGCCAUUGCAUAGAGUCCCGUAUGGCAAAAUGAAUUGUUUAUGACAUAUGAACGAUGUGGCUUUCUAUAAAUUUAAUAGAGACGUAGAUGUGAUACUUGUUUUGUUAGCAA